GUGCGGAGUUCUUUUGAUUAGUCGGAGAGCACUGGCAGGUGAAAGAGACGCCACAAAAUGCCGAAUAAAAAGACCGGCCGCAACGCUUACUUCUUCUUUGCUCUGGAUAUGAUCCCGGAGCUCCGCCGCCGCGGCCUGCAAGUGUCCGGGGUGAGGGAAGCCAUCUCGCUGUGCUCCGAGGAUUGGGCGUUAUUGACCGCUGAACAAAAGGAAGCAUAUGCUGAAAAGGCUCGGCUAUUGAAAAAUGACCCUGACUCAACUGGCCAUGUUAUUGAAGGGGUUUUGGGACCAAGGAAGAUAAGAGAAAGAGAUGCUUCAAAGUCCUCAGAUUCUUCAUCCAUAGGCUUCUUUCAGUUACACGAUCAGUACAAUUCUGCUACACAGUGGACAUUGCCUACCAUGAACAUAGACACUACAAUCAACAAGAAUAAAGCUCUGGAUCAACAUGUCUUUUACUUUAUAAACAUUUUUAGUCAUGGUGACAUGCCAACCUUAUGUGACCAACGCUAUGUUCCUUGUGAGAUUGCCUGCGUGAGAUAUUCUCUGCGUGAGGGCAUAUUGGGGAGUUUUCAUGACUUUAUAGAUCCUGGUGAACUUCCACAUGGAUUUCGAUAUCAUUGCCAGUCAGGAAGUGCAUCGACCCAUCACAUCCCCAUUUCUGGCUUUGAACUUGCCAACAGCGAUUAUCAUAAUAUGUUUCGCAAAUUUUGCUCCUUUGUUUGUCCAACUCCUUCAAUUCGGGUACCAGUGUACACUAAGGCUAAUGAUAUAUACAGAGUUGACUGGUGUCUUCAGUGGCUCGCAAACAAAGCAGGAAUGGAAAACCAUUUUCAAGUGCACGAGGUGGAAGGUUUGAUUAUAAAAUUCUACCAAGACAAGCUGAAGGAAGAGCCCUCACGGCCUUCUGUGUCUCGUCUGCUUGAUACUGUUCAGUGGGAUUAUUCAAGUAACACCAGGUGUAAAUGGCAUGAAGAUAAUGAUAUGUGGUGCUGUGUCCUUGCAAGCUGCAAAAAAAUUGCAUACUGCAUUAGUAAGGCUUUGGCAUCUGUGUAUGGUGUUACUCUCACACCAGCUCAUUUACCCAACCUGGAACUUUCAAGAAACCAAAACUCUGGGAAUCCUAAAGUAGUGGUUCUUGAUGCUAAACGGUUUCAGAAAGUCUGCAGUUCAGAUCCCAAAUAUUCCAGUGAUAAAUCUGAGAGAAGCUCAGUGGAACCCAGAGGAGUGAAACGGUACCAGGGCCCAUCUGGGGGUGGAAGAGGAAUACUGAGAUUGCUGGAAACCUUGGCUGCUUCCCAGAACAGCGGUGAAUAAAUGCACAAAUACUGCACAAGAUACAGUAAAUAGUCCAGCCUUGCAUGUUUGCAGUUUACAUAUUAAAAUGAAAAUCCUUCAUUUUUGCAUUUGGCGAAAGACUGAAUGCUUCAUUAAAUGUUUGCCCAGA